GUUUGUCAUGUCAUAUACUAUUCUUCUUCUAGAGUUUGAUGUUGAGUGUUGAGUGAUUUAUUUCUUUUGUAAUUGUUAUUUCGUGUUUUGAGUGCAAAAUUGAUUUUAUUUUGUAUAAUUAGUUAUCGAAAUAUUACUUUAUUCUGAUACUUGAUUGCACAAUCUUUCGUGUUCCAGUCUUUAUAGGGUGCUGUAAAACAUUCCUCUUUUGUUUCACUCAGUAGUGCGUCUGAAGGGGUUAUGGGUUUUUAGCAUCGAUUUUUGUGCACCUAUUUACUGAAAUCUAUGCCUAAAUCAAGUGAAGUGACAAUGUCUGUAGGAAACAGCGCAAAGAAGGCACAUUUGCCGGUUUCAAGAAUAAACACCAUCAUGAAAAGUUCCUCAGACGUAGACACAGUGGACAGAGAAUCUUCCAUGAUGAUGUGCAAGGCUACUGAGUUGUUCAUAAGAACCCUCGCUUUGGAAGCUUACAAUACAGCAAAUAAAGCAAAGAAAUUAGACUAUAAGCAUCUGGCAGAAGUUGUGCAUACUGAGGAAAGGUAUAAUUUUCUGAGGGACAUCAUGCCCAAAAAAAUUACCGUUGCAGAGUACAAAAAGAUAAUGGCCAGGAAACAAGGCGCCAAUGAUAAAGAUAAAGAAGAAUCUUCAUCGAGUUCUUCAGAUGAUGAGGAAGAUUCCAGUUCAGAGGAAAGUGAUGGAAGUAGUGCUAGUGCUUGAAUGAAUAAUAUUUUUUGGAACUGUAUUAUUGAUUAUGGUUCUGUGAACCAUUUUAUACUCCUAAAAUGGGUUAUCUGUAAUGUAAAGCUUUAUGUAUCAAUUUAAAAAAAUGGUUUUUCAAAAUGAAAAAAAACUUGAGUACAA